AUGCUGUCAUCUCUCAUCACUAAAUAUUUGAUUGCUCUAGCAAUAGUAACAUUACUAUCAAUUGCUAAAACCAAUGCGCAAUUUCGUCUUAAUUUUUUAUCAUACAACAACGUCGCAGGCGACGGAUCGUUGAACAAUUUGGCGGCAAGACCCAAUGGGCAACAACCUCCUCCUCCUGCUCAAGCACAAGCUCAAACAACAUUGAAUCCUCUUGGCCCAUAUUCUUCUGCAUUUGGUUUGGGUUUGCUUGCAGGUAGCUUUAUUGGAGGCUCUCCAUAUUCUUAUUUUCCUUACAGUGGAUACGGAGUAUAUGGUUCUUAUACACCGUAUAGUUCUUAUACGCCGUAUAGUUCUUAUACACCGUAUAGUUCUUAUACACCGUAUAGUUCUUAUAUACCGUAUAGUUCUUAUAUACCGUACAGUUCUUAUGUACCGUACAAUACAUGGACGCAUCAUUAUUAUGAUCCGUAUUAUUACUAUUAUUAUCGUGGUUAUUAUAGUAGUUAUUAUCGUGGUUAA